AUGGGAGUACAGAAGAAAACCAGGAAAUUUGCUCAAGUGAAGCGAGCAAUCGGUCUGCGAGACAGCCGUUUGUGCGUAGUCCUGUUUUUGUUUCAAGAACUCGCUAAUAACAGCUGUCAUUCCAGGAAGGAGAACCAGCCAAAAAAUGAAACAAAGGGGAAUGAUAUUGUUCGAGAAAUACCCCAGGUUCCCUCCUCUCUUUUCUUUCAAUACAAUACAGCUCUCACACCACCAUAUUCAGUAUUAGUGGACACCAAUUUUCUCUAUCACACCAUCCAGCAUAAGCUGGAAGUUAUUCCGACUAUGAUGGACUGUCUCUAUGCAAAAUGUAUUCCUAUCAUUACGGACUGUGUCCUUGCCGAAUUAGAGAAACUAGGCCAAAAAUAUCGACUUGCAUUGCGAGUCGCGAAGGAUCCGAGAUUUGAAAGGGUAAAAUGUGAUCAUAAAGGCACUUACGCAGACGAUUGCUUGGUUGACAGAGUCAUCAAACAUCGUGUAUACAUUGUGGCAACCAACGAUCGAGAUCUGAAAAGGCGGAUACGGAAAAUACCAGGUGUACCGAUCAUGAGUGUUGCACGGGGGAAAUAUGUCAUAGAACGACUCCCUGAUGCACCAGAGAAGUAG